AUGGCAGGCACUGUUGGAAAUUCAAAAGAAGUAGAAGCCCCCAUCCCUGCCUUCCACAGAGCUGCGAGAAUAUUUCAUCCCCAAAGAGGGAGUUACUGCAACAAGGAAGUAUACAACAAGGAGAAUCUUUUCAACAGCCUGAACUAUGAUGUUGCAGCCAAGAAGAGAAAGAAGGACAUGCUGAAUAGCAAAACCAAAACUCAGUAUUUCCACCAAGAAAAAUGGAUCUAUGUUCACAAAGGAAGUACUAAAGAGCGCCAUGGAUACUGCACUUUGGGGGAAGCUUUCAACAGGCUGGACUUCUCAACUGCUCUUCUGGAUUCCAGAAGAUUUAACUACGUCGUACGGGUCACUGAGUCAGAUGAUUGCACAGCUCAGCCAGAGUGAUGACAUCAAGCCCCCUUGAGGCCUGGAUCAUUCACCUGUCUUCUGGGCAGAUGCAGGCCUGGCCGUCCCAACGGACCUGAUACCCAGGCCUCCUUGGAGGUCAGAAGCUCUGAGCUGAGCGUGCGACCGCAUGAGCAGAUCUGUCCGCUCUCAGCUGAGCCCUUAUUGCCAUCCAAAAGGGAUGAACAUGAGAGAGCUUCUGGAUGAGAUGUUCGUGUCAUUCAGUGUGACUCUGCCCCUCCGGGGGGAUCACUGUGGCCCGAAGCCCAGCCCAGGCUGGGUGGAGAGAGGCCUGGCAGGAGCUGGAAACUCUGUUGCUAAGAAUAUGAAUAGUUUCCAUGUUCUAGGUGUCAGGGGAGGACAGCCAGUGCUGAUGUCUUCAUUUUGCAAACGGAUCAGCAAAACGGUCCGUUCUUAGAUGGCUCUCCUUCCUACCUGUUUUUCCUUUCACAAGAAAUAAAGCAAAGGGACAAGAUCACAGUAGCCAAAAUCUAUUUCCGCGUAACUAUGUGCACUCACCUUUAUCCUUUCAUUAACCCUAUGGAGUGUGGGGACUUGGAUGAUCUGUUUAAACAAAGGGGAGUGUGGGCGCCUGGGUGGCUCAGUUGGUUA